GAAGACGUGCAAUCACGUACAAUCAGUCUGCUAACAACUAUUGCAAGAGUGAAGACAUGAAUGAUCCAAAAGUAUGCAAAGUGAAAAAUGAAGAUAAUGAGCAACAGAGAGACCUGAUGGAAGUGAAAGUGGAAAGUCAAGAACUGAAUUACGUGGAUCAGAAACACCAUCAGUGUCAUAAAUCUGAAAAUGUCAUAAUGGGUGAAGAAUCUUUUAGUUGCUCACAGACUGAAAAUAAUUUCUCACAAAAAGGAACUCCAAGAACAAGAGCCAAAAAUGAUUUCACAUGCCCUCAGUGUGGAAAGAGUUUUAGACUAAAAGCAGAUCUUCAGAGGCACCUAAGAAUUCACACUGGAGAGAAGCCUUUCACAUGCCCUCAGUGUGGAAAGUGUUUUGCACUGAAAGGAGCUCUCGAGAAGCACCUGAGAAUUCACACUGGAGAGAAGCCUUUCACGUGCCCUCAGUGUGAAAAGAGUUUUACACUAAAAGUAAGUCUUGAAAAGCACCUGAGAAUUCACACUGGAGAGAAGCCUUUCACUUGCCAUCAGUGUGGAAAGAAUUUCACAGAGAAAGGAAAUCUUGAUUGUCACAUGAGAAUUCACACUGGAGAGAAGUCUUUCACUUGCCAUCAAUGUGGAAAGAGUUUUUUACUAGAAGGGAAUUUUAAGAGGCACCAAAGAAUUCACUCUGGAGAGAAGCCGUUUACAUGCCUUCAAUGUGGAAAGAGUUUUGCACUAAAAGUAGUUCUUGAUUGUCACCUGAGAAUUCACACUGGAGAGAAGCCUUUCACAUGCCUUCAGUGUGGAAAGAGUUUCACACAAAGAGGAGGUCUCAAAGAUCACAUGAGAAUUCACACUGGAGAGAAGCCUUUCAUCUGCCAUCAGUGUGGAAAGAAUUUCAAAGAGAAAGGAAAUCUUAAGCGUCACAUGAAAAUUCACACUGGAGAGAAGCCAUUCACAUGCCCUCAGUGUGGCAAGGAAUUUGCGUUGGAAUCAUACCUAAAGAUACACCUGAAAAUUCAUUCAGAUGUAAAACCUUACCUGUGUUCUUUUUGUGGAAAGAGUUUUUCACGGCUGGAAUAUUUUACUAAGCACCAGAUAACACAUAACGGUGUGAAAGCUCAUGUAUGCUCAGAGUGUGGUAAAGCCUUUAGCAGAGCUCACGAAUUGAAAAUGCACCAAGGAAUUCAUACUUUAGAAAAACAAUACUAGUGUUCACAUUGUGGAAAUAGUUUCAUUAUGUCAGGACACCUGAAAUCCAUGAGAGAGUGCAUACUGGAGAGAAGCCAUACCACUGCACUUCAUGUAGGAAGAGUUUCACCAAUCAUGUAAUCUAGAGGCUCAUCUAAAAAAGCGUUGUCCAAAGUUAUCAUUGUGAGCAUAGUUUAUUUUCAGAGUGGACACUUUCAAGUAAACGGUGUGAAAUUCAGAUAAACAAACAUGAAAUAUGAUGAUCAGAAACAAUGGGUCUCAUUCACUAAGAUCUGCUUAUUAAUGUUUUCACUCCUGGGGUCCCUUAUAAACAUGGAAUAAACAAAUUAUAUUUAGGCCAAUAUAUUAUUAUAAAUAAGAAUUUUUAUUCGAGCAAGCGUCGGUUCUGGGCAUGCAUUCUAAGUGGUAGAAUGCACAAAUGGCUUAAGCCCAUCGUUCGUGACAUUCUUGGAUGCAGCUGGUGGAAUGCUCCUAUACAGCCCGGAAAAGGUUUGUCAGAUGGUUUUACCAUGUUGUGUACACAUUUCAUCUCACUCACUGCGAUCCAUUGAAAAUUAGCUCUCAAUCCAAUCUUUUGUCAGCCGUGGAAGCUGGGUUGUAGACCAGCAGAGUGGGCCACCGCCUCCACACACAGUCCUAAGAAACAUUGCAUUUAUCCGUCCCAGUAUCCAUCCAGAAACGGGCUUCAAGGCUCACCUCAACCGCUUUGGUGACUUUAGAUUAGGGGUGCUCAUUUCUGCACCUGGAUGUCUAUCUACCUGACAAAUUAAGUUCCAACUCUAAUCAAGCACACUUGAAUCAGCUAAUCAAGAUUUUAGCUGUACUUAAAAACCACAUGUAGCUGUGCUACAGCAGGGUUAAAACUAAAAUCAGCAUGAAGGUAGAUUUCCAGGAACAGGAUUGAGCAACCCAGGUCAAGUAACCUUGGGCCCAUAGCGCAACCCUCAUGGCAGCUACAACUCAUUAGAUUGCGCUAUCAACUUUAGAUGUUUUAAGCGCCUACUAUUAGAGUUCGAUUCCGGAGAGGGAGCUUGAGAAACCACAUCCAAGGAAGACAGCAGACACGCAAAUUAUUUCUUUCCACUUCGAGCACUGCCCUAUGGAGCACACACACAGCCUGAACGUGUGGACGAUGAUGCACAGAUAAAUGCUCCAUCACAAGCAGUGUUCCAAGCAUGCCUUAAGUUGAUCCAACGUCUAUAGUGGUACAUAUUUUUAAAUCAUUUUAAACAGUUUUGUUGUGUGAUGGUUUUUUAGCAGCAUGGCAUUUUUAUCUAUAAAUCUGCAACUUUACAGGUGUUGUGGUGCCUAAAGCCCUUAUGUGGAGAUGGUUUUGGUGUUUUAUGCAAAUUACCAACUGUGGUGAUGUGCUCCUUUUAGAAUAAUCCUAAUUCAUCAACAUUAGAAAGAGGGUAAGAAUGCGUACACAACUGUUGUAAAUCUGAUGUCGAGUAAGUUUUUCGUGAUAAGUUUUUCUGUGAAUAUAAGUAUUAGGGAUGUGCAUGGUAACAGUUUGUAGUAUUACACAUAAGACAGACUAACUUAUAAACAAACGUGUGUACAGUGCAUCCGGAAAGUAUUCACAGCGCUUCACUUUUUCCACAUUUUGUUAUGUUAA